CCCUGAGUGCCGAGGUUGCUGUGCUGCCUGCUCGGGCCCCCUGGCUGCGCCUCUGCACCCCACUGCCCAGUGCUCUGUUCCUGGAGGAAGCAAGAGUCGACCAAGUCCACUGACCCACCACUGGAAGCAUGGUCCAUGGGUACAAAGGGGUCAAGUUCCAAAACUGGGCCAAGACCUAUGGCUGUUGCCCAGAGAUGUACUAUCAGCCCACAUCCGUGGAGGAGAUCAAAGAGGUGCUGGCCCUGGCCAGGCAGCAGAACAAGCGGGUGAAGGUGGUGGGCGGCGGCCACUCGCCCUCGGACAUCGCCUGCACCGAUGGCUUCAUGAUCCACAUGGGGAAGAUGAACCGGGUCCUCCAGGUGGACACAGAGAAGAAGCAGGUGACGGUGGAGGCCGGCAUCCUCCUGGCCGACCUGCACCCACAGCUGGACAAGCACGGCCUGGCCCUAUCCAACCUGGGAGCCGUGUCAGAGGUGACUGCAGCUGGCGUCAUUGGGUCUGGAACGCACAACACGGGGAUCAAGCACGGCAUCCUGGCCACCCAGGUGGUGGCGCUGACCCUGCUGACGGCCGACGGGACCAUUCUUGAGUGCUCCGAGUCAAGCAACGCAGAGGUGUUCCAGGCGGCGCGGGUGCACCUGGGCUGCCUUGGAGUCAUCCUCACCAUCACCCUGCAGUGUGUGCCCCAGUUCCACUUGCAGGAGACCUCCUUCCCCUCAACCCUGAAAGAGGUUCUUGACAACCUGGACAGCCAUCUGAAGAAAUCCGAAUACUUUCGCUUCCUCUGGUUCCCGCAUAGUGAGAAUGUCAGCAUCAUCUACCAGGACCACACCAACAAGCCCCCCUCCUCUUCAGCCAGCUGGUUUUGGGACUAUGCCAUCGGAUUCUAUUUACUGGAGUUCCUGCUCUGGAUCAGCACCUUCCUGCCGGGCCUCGUGGGCUGCAUCAACCGCUUCUUCUUCUGGCUCCUGUUCACCGGGAGGAAGGAGAACAGCAACCUGAGCCACAAGAUCUUCAGCUACGAGUGCCGCUUCAAGCAGCACGUCCAGGACUGGGCCAUCCCCAGAGAGAAGACCAAGGAGGCCCUGCUGGAGCUGAAGGCCAUGCUGGAGGCCAACCCCAAGGUGGUGGCCCACUAUCCGGUGGAGGUGCGCUUCGCCCGGGGGGACGACAUCCUCCUGAGCCCCUGCUUCCAGAGGGACAGCUGCUACAUGAACAUCAUCAUGUACAGGCCCUACGGCAAGGACGUGCCGCGGCUGGACUACUGGCUGGCCUACGAGACCAUCAUGAAGAAGGUCGGGGGCAGGCCCCACUGGGCCAAGGCCCACAACUGUACCCGGAAGGACUUUGAGAAAAUGUAUCCUGCCUUUGCGAAGUUCUGUGCCAUCCGAGAAAAGCUGGACCCCACUGGGAUGUUCCUGAAUGCGUAUCUGGAGAAGGUGUUCUACUGAAGCAGAAACAGAAAAUAAGUCCAACCCGCCCCAUCCCGUCCCCCAGGCCCGUCUCCAGUGAGCUUGCAGGCUCAGUGUCCCACCGGCCUGACGGGGAGAGACCUCUCCCCGACCCCGGGCCCUCUGCUGCCGCACUGCAGCUGCUCCGACCCACGGGGAUGAGCCUGGAUCUGGGCAAGCUCCUUCCCCCCUCCUUUGUCCUCACAGCAAACCAUGCAAGGAAGAGUGCCCACAUCCCCGUGUACCUCUCCAUGUGGCACCCCCUUUUCCUGAGCCUACGAUCACCACAUCCUGUUUUCCCAGGAGAUAGAGAAGCCCCAAAAUGUUGUGUGUGUCUAGGAGGUUGGGAAUUCAGUCGUUCGUAGGUUCUACCUGCCAGCUGGAUGUCUGUGGCUCCAGAGGUCCCCUCUCCAGUCCUCUUAGGCAGGGGCCCCCUUGGCAUGUGUUUGGGCACAGAAGUCAUGUGUACUGUGCUCUCCUUUCUUUCACUCUUGUGGGUCUUUCAAAUGCUCAGGUGAGUGGCCCCUGCCCUGGGACUGCCAUCUUCCAGGUGGUUUCCCCUGUCCGUCUGACCUCCCAUAGCCUGACCCUAGGCGUGUCUGUUUCAGGGGGUGUUUGAGGAGUGGGACUCUCCUUGUCUUCUCUUUAAUAAAGGGCAAGAACUGACUCACUCUCUGCCCCCCUCUUCCCCUCUGAGGCAGUCCUCUGGGAGCAGGAGGCUCUCUGAUGCCUGGCUUCCCUCUGGACGUAAUGGCCCUUGGACUUUUCUGGAAGAUGCUCCUCAUAUUCCUUUUGCAAACUUAGUUUCAAUUUGUGUCUGACAUACCACGCUUUGUGGUUCUUCUUUCAGGGAGCUUUUGUUGAAUAUCUACUAGGGGCCAAGUGCUUUGGAGGAAUUAAAAGAGCCCAAAGCAGGUUCCUGGCCUCAAGAAAUUUAUAUUCUAAUCACAUAUCUCAUAACAGGUUACUAUCUAGAAUAUAUAAAGAACUCCUACAACUCAACAACAAAAAACCAAACAAUCCAUCAAAAAUUGGGCAAAGGACUUGAAUAGACAUUUUUCCAAAGAUAUACAAUUGGUCAAUAAGCACAUGAAAAGAUGCUCCAUAUCACCAACCAUAAAGGAAAUGCAAAUAAACCACAAUGAGAUACCACUUCUCACCCAAUAGGAUCACUAUUAUCCAAAAAACAGAGAAACAAACAGAAAAUGCCAAGUGUUGUUGAGGACGUGGAGAAAUUGGAAUCCUUGUGCAUUGCUGGUGGGAAUGUAAUAAAAUGGUGCAGCCACUGUGGAAAAUGCUAUGGUGGUUCCUCAGAAACAUUAAACAUAGAUCUACCACACGAUCCAGCAGUUCCACUUCUGGGCGUGCACCCAGCAGAACUGAAAGCCGGGACUUGAACAGCCACUUGAACACCCAGGCUCAUAGCAGCUUGUUCACCGUGGCCAAGAGGUGGAAGCAAUACAAGUGUCCGCUGAUGGGCGAAUGGGUAAACAAGACAUGGUAUAUAUACACAGUGGAAUAUUACUCAGCCUUAAAAAGGGAGGGAAUUUUGAUACAUGCUACAGCAUGGAGGAACCUUGAGGAUGAAUGCUAAGUGAAUUAAGCCAAACACAAAAGGACAAAUACUUUAUGAUUCCACUUAUAUGAGGCACCUGGAGUUGUCAGAUUCCUAGGGACAGAAAGUGGAGUGGUGGUUGCCAGGGCUGGGGGAGGGGGAAUAGGGAGUAAGUGUUUAACUGGCACGGAGUUUCACUUUGGGAAAAUGAAAAAGCUCUGGAGAUGGAUGGUGGCGAUGGUUUCACAGCAAUGUGAAUGUACUUAAUGCCGCUGAACUAUAC